AACAGAAACUUAUUGGAAAAGAGCUCAUAUAGGCUUCAAUAUAUCCGAAUCUAGCUCUCAUUCGAUUUUGUAUGGCGCCUUCUUAGGUCUUUGCGUUACUACAGGAUGUCGGUCAAAGGUGGGGACCGGUUAACUCCUUUUAUGGCCUACGUGCGGAAUUUAUUGUUGGGGAGGAAAUACAACAAUACACUAAGGUAUGCCGAGACAAUGUCCAAGAGAACGCAACCUCCCGCUUUUCUCCCCAAUGGCGUAAAUGAUAAACUAUCUUCUAAUGAUUAUUACACUCGAGAUGGUAGACGGGAAGUCCGUAGACCUUCUGAUGUUUAUGUUUCCGGAACUAAAAGGUUGACAGAUGCAGGCAGGUCUGAAUCCUCACGUCUCCCAUCAAAGUCGACUGAAAUCAUUCCUGGAGAAAAGUUUAAGUGGGAUAAGCGAGUGGAAUUAUAAUUGAUCGAAAUUGAUCUGUUUCUACAUGACGAUCUCUGUUUCAAUGCAUGAAGUUUGAAAGUUAUCUUACUUAUCAUAUGAUUUUCAAAGAAAUAUGUGAUUUUCUGUAUCAAAUCCCAUUUAGUGUAAAAUUUUCAUUUUUGACUCUACAAGUCCUCCCCACUACAUACAUAGUUUGUAACUCAGCUAUUAUUCCUUGUAGUCAUCACGAGAAUAUACCAGUUUUACUAAUAUUUCAA